UUGACGGAUAGCCGAAAAGGGGAGCCAGCUAGGCCGGUGUGGUUGGGAUCGAUUCGGCGUUGGGAGUUUGCAUGCCAUGGGGAAAAGGGACAACCGAGUGGCUUAUAUGAAUCCCAUAGCAAUGGCUCGAUCACGGGGGCCUGCUCCGUCAUCAGGACCUACCAUACAAGACUACUUGAACAGACCAAGGCCAACAUGGGAAGAAGUAAAAGAACAACUGGAAAAGAAGAAGAAAGGCUCCAAAGCCUUAGCAGAAUUUGAAGAAAAGAUGAAUGAGAACUGGAAAAAAGAAUUGGAAAAACAUAGGGAGAAAUUAUUAAGUGGAACCGAGAGUACUUCACGAAAGAAAGAGAAAAAGAAGAAGGAGAAGAAAAAAUCCAGUAGGUUGUCUCCAUCUUCCUCUUCCUCAUCAAGUUCUGAUUCUUCCAGUAGUUCGUCUGAUUUUGAAGAUGAGGAUAAGAAACAAGGGAAAAAGAGAAGGAAAAAGAAGUAUCAUUCCUCACGGAAGUCAUCUGAAAGCUCUAAUUCAGAGUCUGAAUCGGACAGCAAGGAUAGCUUAAAAAAUAAAAGGUCGAAGGAAGAUCGUGAAAGAGAAAAGGACAGCAAAACCCUUGUUCGGAAAAGGAUAAAAAAUGAGCAGGGGGACGGCCUGUUAUCGUCAGAGUCCGCUUCAGAGUCUGAUCACACAGAGGAGGUACCAACAAAAAAGAAGAAAUAUAAUGAAGAAAAAGAGAAAAAUGAUAAAACAAAAAAGCGAAAGAAGCACAAGAAGCAUAGCAAAAAGAAGUAACGGAAGCUAGUUCAAGUUCUCAUUUGGAAUAACUUCAGUGGAGACUUUUUUAAAAAAUUGAAAGUGCAAUGAGACCUAGAGGAAAUUGCAGCUGUGAAAAUGAUGACGACUUUCACUUUACCAAACUGCAUGAGCUCUCCUGUAUGUUAACAAUAUUCUAGACUUUCAGCUUGCCCUGUGCCAUAGUGCUGGAAAUAACCAUUGUUGUUGCCUGAUGCUUAAAACAUGUAGUACCUCUUUUCCUCUCUCUAAUCACUGGUGUUAAAUGUUCUUAAAUAAGUCCUGCAUAUGGUUUAAAGGAGUCAGCAGCAGUGUGGAGUUGAUUUGUUGCUAAAUGGCCUGUGCUCUUGUGCACACAUGCAGCUCAUACAUGUAAGGGUUCUUCUGCUGUGUAAUGAAAAAAAAAAAAAGCCCUCUCCUCCAAAGCAAUUGUGAAUAUGGAUCAUCGGCUCCAUCUGUUGUUUAUAAAUGGAACAAGUUUUCUGGAGAGUAUGUACAGAGGAGCUGCUGUACCCUGAUGAUCAAAAUGCUACAUUUGGAUGUUUAUUUUUAUCAGGCUAGUGAUUAAUAAUUUAGUUUGCUCAUUAUGAAGAAUUCUUGCAAAAUUUGUCUUCAAAGAUCAACACAACAUAACCAUUUAUUUGAGGUUUCAUUAACUACUGAUGCCAUUCUUAAAAUCGGUACAUGCCUGCAACAUACAUACAUGUUAAUUUUGUCGAUGUGUGUAAUUUUGCGCUUGAUUUUUGGGGUGGGACAUGGGUGUUCAUACUCGCUUCGAUUGUCAGACAUCUUUGAGCCUCGUGAAGAGCAACAUUUGAUGAUACUGUAGCGGUACCUUCCAAGAGUAUUGUCAGCAGGAUUUUUCUUUUUGAAUAAGGAGCAGAAUCCACUGGAAAUUUUUCCUAUGCAAGCCCUGCUGAAAUAAAAGGGAGUUGUGCAGGAGCAAUUUUGCAGAUAGGCUUAUGUGGACCAACCAAGGUGUGACAGAGGCAACCCUGUUUCUGUGUUCACUUGUCUUCUCCAUUGACAUAUAAUGAGGGAGGCAGAGUGGGCAAAUAUUUCUAACUAAAGGUCACAUGGGCGAGGGGAACUCUGGUGCCUUACUCACCCAUGCAUUGUUGCUUCUCCCCAGCUCUGGGAGAAAAGUGCCUGCAGUAGUAGAGUGCAGGGAGGUGAGUUGGGGAAAGCAGUUCAACUUCUUAUUCCUCCUUUAUUCUUUAAAACAUUAGUCACACACCCACAUCUCUGCUUUAUAUAUGAACAGUACAGACGUGUGAAUAAUAAAUAUAGCUGCCCCCUUGCAUCUGUUUUGACUGUUGGUUUAUUCUGGACCUGUAACAUAUGCUGCCGGUCUUAGCAAGAAUACCAAUGCAUCGUGGCAUAGCUCACAUCCAAAAACUCUGGAUUUUAUUCCUAUUGAAAGAGUGCUGUGCUAGUAAUAUGCAUUACUAUCAUCUGAGGUAUUGGUAAAUUGGACUGAAUUUUUGGCAAACUUUUAUUAUUUAUGUUGUAAUUAAGGUAUUUAGAAUUAAAGAUCUGCAUGAUUUUGUACUAUUUUUAAGUUAACCAACAGAGAGAUGCGGUUGUAACCAGUAGGUCCCCAACCCCUGUAAUAAUUAUGUUCUACAUGUGGCAUUAUUGUAGAUGUUAUAGUUUCUAUUGCAUUCAUGACUAUUUUUAAAUGCAUACUUGCUGAAGAUAUUUAGCAUGUAAAAAGCUGAGGGGGGAGUUGAUAUCAAACAGCUUCAUAUUGAAGCUGAUUUUAUUCUAUGUAAGUUCAGUGGCAGACCUGGUAUGCAACUUUGUCUUGGAAUUUAAAAUUACUGCCAGAUGCUCA